AGUCUGCAGAAGAUUUCCAAUAGCCAUGAGGGCCAUGGAGAAGGUUUUUAAGUGCUCAGAGUUGUAGGAGGUGCAAAGGCAGAGGUCAAAAGCUAAUAUCUUCAAGGGGAGAUAAAGCCCCAAGGCUGUAAAUGGCUCAGAGUGGAACAGCUGGGUCUGUGUGCAGUUGGAACCCAAGUACUUAGAGCUGAAAAAAAGACCCUCAGGAAAACAGACCUCGUGCUGGAGAGGUGCUCUGUGACUGGUGUGAGCAUCCUCUUCUUUCUUUCAAGAGAGCAAAGCACUGCUCAGCCUGGAGCCUGCUCUCGUUAAGCAUUUAAAUUCCCCGAGGUUGGAGAUGUCAGGCAGUCGGGGGACGAGGGGAGAAAGCCAGAGCUGCUGGGAGCCAAGCGGUUUGAGCUGCUGCUGGGAUCACUAAGAGAGCUCUUGUUGCAGCUGACUUCUCCAGCACCAGAAAGGUAAAACAUCACAAUGAAGGUGGCAGUCCUGUGUUUAUGCCUUAUCAGCAUUGUUGCUGCAUGGCCAGUGAGUAAAUCCAAGCAGCAUGCUGUUUCUGGCAGCUCUGAAGAAAAAUACGAUCCCAGGAGCCAUCACUUACACAGACAGCACCACAAACAUGUGAAUUCUCAGUCUUGGGAGAGUCUGCAGCACACACAGAAUGACCUGGCUCAGCAGACUCUAGACUCUUCAGAAGAAAGCGUGGAUGUCCCAGUACAAGCGCACUUUCCUGUUGUAUCAAGCAAGAGCCACGAAGAUGUUGAUGGUGAUGACGAUGACACAGAUGAAUCUGAUGAGGACGACGAUGGUUUUCCCACAGACGUCCCAGUAACCGUACCCUUCUCUCCUUUCACCCGGGGAGACAGCGCUGGCAGAGGCGACAGCGCUGGCAGAGGCGACAGUGUGGCCUACGCGGUGAGGGCAAAAGCCACAGUGGUGAAGUCUAGCAAAAUCCGCAAAGCUGCAAAACAGGUCAUUGCGUACGAUACCAAGGAGGAGGAUGAGAGCGCCCUGGAUGCAGACAGCCGGCAAGGGCGCCUCUCCCAGGAGGAUCUGUCUGCCCGCCGCUCCCUAGGGAAGCUCAGCAUCACUGGGGAAUGGGCUGCCAAGGGCCAUAGGCAGGACAGCAGCGAGCUGGACAGCAAGCUGCGCGACCGGAGCGUGGAAAACGACAGUCGGCAGAAAUUCGACAGCCGCGAGACGGAAGGAGAUGAUGACAGCAAGGCUGGUGUAAGAGGGGACAGCCACUGGAGUGCGGAAAGCAGGGAGAGCCAGGCCCGCAUUCUGCCUGAGAUCCCUGAUGAGGACAGCAAUCAAACUCUGGAGAGCGCCGAGGACGCUCAGGAUCGUCACAGCAUCGAAAAUAAUGAAGUCACCCUUUAAAGUGAAACAAAUGUAAUUUUUUCCCCUUCUUCAUCAGUUCCUACGUAAGCGGGGCGGGGGGGGGGGGGGAGUAGCUUCAUUUCAGGUAACUGUUUGUAAAUGUAGAGCCGCAUGGUCAUUUUUUUGAGUUUGGGGCAUCCUCCCCUCGGCUGCCAGCGCUGCCCGUCGCACCAGUGCCCCAGGAUAUGGUCCGGGAGGGUGCGGGGAAGCCAGAUGAACGCUGCUGGACGCACAGAGCGAGCGUUACCUCUCUGGCGUGCUGCUUUUCUGUACUGCCAGCCUGUAUUUUGCUGUAACUGGAGUUAUAAAUAAAAACACAAAAAACCCUGAA